CUUUAGUCGAGUAAUCUCACCAGUUAUAAUCGCAUUGUUUAAACCUUCGUCUCGAUUUUUUUAAGACAAAAAUGUUAUCUUUUCAAGACGUUGUAAUGAGGUAUAUUCCAGAACAAUUCGAAUCGACAAUGAAUACGCGUUUAAUACAACUAUCCAAAACCGAUUCUGUCUACGAAAGCAUAGUUUGGAAACAUCUUAGUGUACAUCAAAAACGAACCGUAACGAGAAUCGAAAAAGUAUGGUGUCCAUCACUUUACGGGUGGUAUUUAAUGAAAAAAGCCGAAUAUCAAAGUCGUGGUUUUAGACAUUGCGAGAAAAGGUUGCUGCAUGUGACCGGAGCUAGUAACGUUAAGUCGAUUUUGCGUUCGAAUUUGAAUUGGAGGCGAGUGACUCGUUAUAGAUUUGGAAGAGGUGUUAGUUUUUCUGAUGAUGCAGACUACGCGGAUACCUAUGCAGCUAGGGCGAUUGGUUCACAGCGUGCAAUGAUUAUAGCUGAUGUUUUGGUGGGGAAUACUGCAAAAGGGGGAUCUUACACCGAUUUUCUACCUGAAGGUAUUGAUACUGCCACUGGAAAUGGUCGCGUAUACGUCAAAUUUCAUGAUGAUGAAUUUAUACCAAAAUACAUUGUUUAUUACACUCACUGAUUUAAUUAUUAAUUUUCAU